AUGUCGUCGACGACGGCGAAAGUGUGCUUCAAUUACUUCUGCAAGGAGGCGUCGGAUAAGUGGGGGAGAGGCUGGCGCCGCCUGACCGGCGAGUACGCUCAACUUUGUGAUCGCUGCACUUCUGUCUACGAGGAAGGAAAGUUUUGCGAGACCUUCCACUUGAAUGCUGCUGGGUGGAGAUGCUGUGAAUCUUGCGGAAAGCAAAUACAUUGUGGAUGUAUAGUUUCAUUCCAUAUGUUCGUACUAUUAGAUGCGGGAGGAAUUCAAUGUUUGACAUGUGCAAAAAAAAGCUACAUAUUGACCCCAAAUCCGGCGUGGCCGCCACCUUCGCACUUUCUUCCUUCAGUUCCCGAAAGAAUGAAAGAUCUUUCUUUGAAAACUUGGAACCCAAUAGCAGGCUCAGGUCCAGUACCAUGGCACCACCCUCCCAGUUUGUCCAGCAGUUCUCAUAUCCAGUCUAACGUACAACUGGGGAGGUCCUUUGAAAUAAAUGUAUCAGGUGGCACAAAUAUGUUUCCUGUUUGUGACAGAUUAUCAGCAGCUUCACCUCAAAUAAACCAAGAGUACUCCUAUGAAAAAUUUGUUAAUGGAAAGUUGAGACCUGGUCCUUCUCAGACAUUUUGGAGUGAAAGUACAGGACCCAAUAUGAAGGAGCAACCUUAUCCCCCUGUAAAUGAUGUCAAACCAGUUUUUCCAAAGAUGGACUUAUCUUCGACUCUGAAUACGACCAUGGCAUCUUCUUCAAAGAUUCAAGCAGAUGAUGUCCAGCUUACUUCUUUUCUUUUAGAAGACAGGGCCAUUUCAACUCCCAUGGGCAAACAGCUCUGCAAUCACACUCCAAUGGGCUCAUGUUGUGAACCUCAAGUAUGUAAUGGACAGGCCCAAGGAGACCGAAAUCAGUUGCAUGUUCGGAACCGCCCUCAAAUAACUGAUGCUGAGCUUCGAAAAAUUUCAAGGCAGUCGAAUUCAUUUGUUAUUCCAUUGUUCGAGAAAAUGUUAAGUGCUAGCGAUGCUGGGCGGAUUGGGCGUUUGAUCCUGCCAAAAAGGUGUGCAGAGGCAUUUUUUCCGUGCAUAUCACAGGCAGAAGGAACUCCUAUAAAGAUACAAGAUAUGAAUGGAAAGGAAUGGGUAUUACAAUUUCGUUUUUGGUCCAAUAAUCACAGCAGAAUGUAUGUUCUGGAAGGAAUUACGCCUUGCAUACAGUCUAUGCAACUGAAAGCUGGUGAUGUAGUGACAUUUAGUUGGCUGGAGCCUGACGGGAAAUUGGUCAUAGGUGGCAGAAAAGUUUCAGUUAUUCAGUCUUCAGAUCAGGUUUGUCCACAAUAUUACAUAGUAGUUUUGUGUCUUUAUUUAAAAAAUGGAAAGUCAUUGGAAAGGAUUGCUUUGAAUCUGGAAUUAAUAAAUCUUGCUUUAAUUGCAGAGAAAAUCGUUGAGGAUAAACCCAUCAUUCCUAGUAAGAGGAAGAAUGGCAGCUUCCGUGCUAAAAGUAAACGCCGUAAGAUUGAAACACUGGAUUUGAUAGAACUGAAGCUCACUUGGAAAGAAGCUCAAGGGUUAAUGCGCCCUCCUGCAAAUAUUGUUCCCUCAGUUGUUGUUGUGGAAGGGUGUGAGUUCGAAGAAUUCGAGGAAGCUGGUCCAGUUAUUGGGAGGCCUACUAUUCCAGGGGGAGAUCUUGCAGGUUUAAAGACUCAGUGGGUUCAGUGUGAGGACUGCUUUAAGUGGCGUAAAGUGCCUGCAGAUGCUUUUCUUCCUUCCAGAUGGAUCUGUGCAGAUAAUGUGUGGGACCCUGACCGAUCACAGUGUUCUUCUGCCGAGGAGUUGACAAAUGAACUACUCGAACAUAUGCUAUCCACGACAAACAAAGAUUCUUCUGGGAAAGAUGAAAUCACCGAAAGUGGUACAAAUCUGCCAGCUGCCGAGCAAGGACUUCAUGCACUGGCUAAUGUAGCCAUCAACGAGGAAACAGAUUGCUUUCCAGCCUCGUCCGAGAAUACCACAAAACACCCACGUCACAAACCCGGUUGCUUGUGCAUCGUUUGCCUUCAACCCCCGAGCGGAAAACGCUCCAAACAUGCCCAAUCCUGUGAGUGCAUCAUCUGCGGCUACUUAAAGCGCCGUUGUAAAACCCUAAUGGAGAAACGCGAGAGAAAACAACCUGAGAAAGAAGAAGCCGAAACAUCAUCUGAGAACUUACUUGAAAAGGCACCUCACAAUCUUGAUCCCAGUAUCUUAAAUCAUUGUGAGAUGAGCAAAAGGGGUAACUUUGACGAGCCUAAUGUUGGGAAGUGUGGUUCAAAACAACUGGAGAAAGAAGCAGAAAUAUCAAUCCAAAACUUAUUUGAAAAUGAUCACAAUCUUGAUUACCCUUUCCCAAAUCAUGGUGAGAUGGGCAAUGGGGGUAAUUUUGAUGAACCCAGUGUUGGCAAAGGUCAAAUAGACCUUAAUAUACAGCCGGACAAAGAGGAGGAAUUAUCGCCUGGUAUGGUCUCGGGUGGUCCCAUGAAAUGCCCUCUGUCUGGAAGCAAUUGCAGAUUCAUACUCUUUCAGUAA